CACUUUCUUUUCUCUUUUGGUUUCUAAAUCAUAGCAAAAGUAUUCACAAAUCUCAUGGGAUCUCCAACAACUAGGUUCUGUCUGAUCUUGAUAUUCUUGUUUUAUAAUCCUCCUUGUGCCCUAAGUCAGAAAAAGCCAAGUGGGUUAUGUGAAACUCUGUUUCAGUGUGGCAAUAUCACUGCCGGUUUCCCUUUCACAGGACAGAAUCGCAAUGGCUUCUGCGGUAACCCUUCUCUUGAACUUACCUGCAACAGAAGUUUCAACACAACCUCUCUUAUGAUCUCAGGUCACAACUAUACUGUCCUUGAUAUAGACAACAAAUCCAACAUUCUUACACUUUCAAGACAAGAUUUCUCAGGUCCUUUCUGCUCUGCUUCAUUCUCCUCAACACCUCUACCUUCAGAUCUCUUCCAGAAUUUGCCAUCUUAUAAAAGCCUCACUGUGUUCUACGCUUGUGACCCUCGUCGCCAUUUCCUUGGUAAUUUCACAUGUCCAGUGAAAGGUCUUGGCUCUGUGAUUCAAAACUCUACAUAUCAUAAAUUCUGUGAUGAGAGUUUCAGUGUCACGGUUCCUACGAGUUUCAUUCCAGAGGAAGAAGCUUUGAAUUUGACAAUUUUGGAAAGUGUUUUGAGAAAAGGUUUUGCGGUGAAGCUGAAGAAUGUAAAUGAGAUAUUUUGUCAAGAAUGUUUAUCCUCAGGUGGAAGCUGUGGCUUCCAAUUGUCCAGACAGGUUUGCUGCAAGAACGUAUCAAGAUCAAGUAUUAGUUGCCGUACUACAACUUAUAUAUCUGGUGGUAAAGUAGCAUUCGUGUUCUGGGAGAGAAGAAAAACAAAUGCUCUGAGAGAUCAAAACCUUGAUGCGUUAGUAACCUUGAGACGGUAUAGUUAUGGAGAAAUCAAGAAAAUUACAAAAUCGUUUACAGAAGUUGUUGGACGAGGAGGAUUUGGGACUGUAUAUAAAGGGAAGUUACGCGAUGGUAGUAAAGUUGCAGUGAAAGUCUUGAAGGAUUCAAUGGGAAAUUGUGAAGACUUCAUCAACGAAGUCGCAAGCAUGAGCCAAACAUCUCAUGUUAACAUUGUUACUCUGCUCGGUUUUUGCUAUGAAGGAUCCAAAAGAGCGAUUGUAUAUGAGUUUCUCGAAAAUGGGUCUCUGGAUCAGCUUAUCAGAGGAAAGCUCAAUUUACUCCGAAUUAUGAUUCCAUGACUUUGGAAUAUAUGUAAAACUAAUCAUAUUUCACAUUUAUAGGCCAUCAUUUAUCCAUGGGAAAACAUAUUAAA